AUGUUGUUCGUGAGGCGCGGCAACGUGUUCGACCCCUUCGCCGACUUCUGGGACCCCUUCGAGGGCGUCUUCCGAUCCCUAGUGCCGUCGGUGGCAUCGUCCGACCGCGACACCGCAGCCUUCGCCACCGCGUGCAUCGACUGGAAGGAGACGCCGGAGGAGCGCAUCUUCAAGGCCGAGCUCCCCGACGUUAAGAAGGAGGAGGUGAAAGUCCAAGUGGAGGACGGCAACGUGCUCGUAAUCAGCGGCGAGCCUAGAAAGGUGGAGGAUGACAAGUGGCGCCGCGUGGAGCGCAGCAGCGGCCAGUUCAUGAGGCGGUUCCGCCUGCCGGAGAACGCCAAGGUGGACCAGAUGAAGGCCGGCCUCGAGAACGGCGUGCUCACCGUGACCGUGUCAAAGGCGGAGGUGAAGAAGCCCGAGGCGAAGGCCAUUGAGAUCUCUGGCUUACUGGCCAAGAGCUCAUCAAGGUCUAUGUCGUGUGCUCGGGUCGUGCUUGGUCCAUGUGUUUCAAGUGCUAUCGUGUCCCAUGUGUCGGCCAUGUCGUGGUCAAUGUGGUGUUUGUCGGUUAGACCCGACGCGCACUAUUGA